UGGUUAUGAAGUAUAAGUGAUAUGUCAUUUCGUUGAACAAUAUUUUAUUUUUUGUUUACCUAUGUUUAAAAAUAAUAGGUCUUUCAAAUAAAAUUGGUAAACGACAAAAUUGGUAAAUAACAAAAUGUGUAGCUCCCAAUUUUUACUUCCUUUUAUUAUUUUUAAUAUUUUCAUCAAUAUUUCAUAUGCAUUGAAUUGCUAUCAAUGUUCAGGAAGUGAUUCAAACAAACCAUUUCAAUGCAAUGAAUGGUUGUCUAGUGAUAUAGACAUUAAUCCAGAACCUUGUGACAGUAUUUUUGGCGCAAAAUACUGUAUAAAACAUGUUGGCAGAUUUGAAGCUUUCUGUAUAAAGUGCUACCAAUGUUCUUCUUCAAAAACAAUUGAUUGCUCAGAUGGAAUGAUUCACAUGGGUGGAUUAAAGCCUCAAAGUUGUGAUGAUGUUUUUGAAGCCAAAUAUUGCAUAAAAUCUACUAGUCUCGAUGGAGGCAUAGGAGCUAAAAGAUUUUGUUCUUCGUUAGAUCUUGGAAAUUAUUGUAAUUAUGUAAAACAGCCUGGAGAUUCUUUAACUUAUCGAACAUGUGUGUACACCUGUACAGGAGAAGGUUGUAAUCCUGCAAAUACGAGAAAACCGUAUUCUUCAUUAUUGUUGUCAGUUACAACUUUAUUAAUAAUGUUUCGAUUUAGGUAGUCUAAUUUUGGAUAUGUCAAAAUUGACAAUCGUAUCUAGCAUAAGAGGCUUUUAUAUAAUAUAUUCCGUCCAAAGUCAGUAUUUUAUAAACAUAUUUUUACAUUAUAAACGCAUAUUUACACUGAAUUAAAGUGGUAGAUGUUUUUUAAAUUGAUUUUUUUCAAUUCCUUUUCAAAUUAAUCGACUGUUAUGAUUUUUUAUGCAUGGAUAGCAUAUAUGUAAUGCUAGGCCUUUUAGUUAUAGACUUAGGGAAAAAAAUAAGACUUUUUUUUUGUAUGAAAAAUUGCACUUCAUUCAAUAAUUACUUUUUACACAUAUUUGUUCAUAAUUCUUCUCUGAUAAAAGUCCAAUAUCUUGCUUCUUCUAGAUCCCCAUCUUGAAUAUAAUAGUUUAUUGUUAGUCAUAAAUUGAGUUCCAAAAGGGACUUCGGUCAACAAAAAUGGUCUGUAAAUAUACUUUCACUACAAGAUACAGAUACCAGAAAAGAAUUUUUUGUGAGGGUCCAAUAAAGACCUUACCCGUGACCUGGUAAGGUAAAGGUCAGGAUAAACAAACAAGAUCCUUAUCGGGAUAAUAUUUUGAUUAGGAUUACUUUACAUAGUUCUAACCAGGACUGCUAAUCAUUAUUACCUACUAUGUGAGAAUUUCUAAAACCAUUAAAAUAUUGACUUUGUAAAUAAAUCCAUUAUAAUGCAUUUAUGGGUCUA